AUCCAUUAUCUCACUUUCCUCGUAAGCAAAGAAAAGCAUUACACUUUUUUCGUACCAAAAACCCCAUUUUUGUUUUCUUGUUCUAAAAGCUCUACAGUUGAUUACUUUGAAGAUGGGUUCUUAUUCAUUAGAUCAAGAAAACAAGAUCGGUAUCAUGGGUUAUGAUUAUAAUGAUUGUGAUGAUUCAUUUAUAUCGGAUGUUUCGAGUGUUGUGUCUUUAGAUGAUGAUUCUGAUGAUGUCUUAGAAGAAUGCGACUCGUCUUCCUCGAUUCGCAGCCAUGGCUUAGAAGACAUGUCUGGUCUCCUUCAACAACUUCCCUCUAAGAGAUCAGGGUUGUCCAAGUACUUUCAAGGGAAGUCACAAUCAUUCACAUCUUUAGCAAACGUGGUGUGCUUAGAAGAUCUUGCAAAGCCAGAAAACCCUUUCAACAAGAAGCUGAAAUCAUGCAAAAGUUAUGUAGGAUUAUCAAGAGUUGUUUCAUCUCCCACAGAAAGUGCUUCAUCUUCAAAACUUUUAGCCAAAAGGAUGUCUUCAGGAACAUCUUCUUCUUUACCAAGCAACAACGGCUGCAGACUGGCCACCUGCUCGUCGUUCAUCUCAUUACAAUGAUGCUACAAGUGCUUAGGUUUCUCAAAUCAAACUACCUUGUUUGUUUGAGUAAUCAUGUUCGAAAGGGCAUUUCGCGCAGAGAGAAUGAUGGUCAUGAACAACCAUAUUCAUAUUUGAGUUAUAACCAUUGUGUAUACUACUAAAUUACUAAUCACCAAAGGAUCUGAUUUAGUUUCUAUUUGACUAAACUUUAAAAUAAUCGAACACUUCUACCGUCA